AUGAGGGGGGAGGGUAGGACCUGUGGACAGUGGACAGCAGGCCUCUCAAGACAAAAAUCCCCAGGUAGACAUGCAUCGUCACCAAGAGGUUCGUCAGCGAGUUGGGCAUCACCAUUUGUGAUUCACAGACACCAGUUCCUGGUUGAGUCUUGUCGCAAGAGUUACGUCACUAUGGGCGGCAACAAAUUGUCCCCCUUACAUGUUUUGUUUGCGAAACCGAGAAAAACGAACGCCCACACCGCUUUUCCUUCGCCUUUCCUCCGCACCAUAAGGUUUCCAUCAACCUAUCCGACACGUAGAUCACAGUCCCUGCAUGAAGCACAGCCACUUCAGAGUUAUCGAUUGCAUAUCGUAGAUGCUUGA